GCUCGGGAGCGAGUCAUGGUGGGUGCACUGGUGUUGGCGUGGCUGCUCCUAUCGGCCGCGGCCUGCGCGCAGCGGGAGCAGGACUUCUACGACUUCAAGGCGGUCAACAUCCGGGGCAAGUUGGUGUCGCUGGAGAAGUACCGCGGUUCGGUGUCCCUGGUAGUGAACGUGGCUAGCGAGUGCGGCUUCACAGACCAGCACUACAGAGCCUUGCAGCAGCUGCAGCGGGACCUGGGGCCCCAUCACUUCAAUGUGCUUGCCUUCCCCUGCAACCAGUUUGGCCAGCAGGAGCCCGAUAGCAACAAGGAGAUCGAGAGCUUCGCCCGCCGCACCUAUGGUGUCUCUUUCCCCAUGUUUAGCAAGGUCGCAGUUACUGGCACUGGUGCCCACCCUGCCUUCAAGUACCUGAUCCAGACUUCUGGGAAGGAGCCCACCUGGAACUUCUGGAAGUACCUAGUGGCCCCAGAUGGAAAGGUAGUAGGGGCUUGGGACCCAACUGUGUCGGUGGAGGAAAUCAGGCCCCAGAUCACAGCACUCGUGAGGAAGCUCAUCCUGAAGAAGCGAGAAGACUUAUAACCACUUUCUCUCCUCUCCCACUGUCCCAUUCCCCCCACCCUACACCUUGGAUGGUGACCAAAGCAAACUCAGUCGUGCUCAAUGGUGCUCGGAGGGAGGGCCUAUGGACUCUCCUUCCUCCACUUUUAUCCCAUGUACCCUAUCCUUCCUAUGAGGGAAAAAUCUGGUAUUUUGUAUUUGAGUCUUAGAACAACCUUUAGGAACUCCUGGCCAGGGAGAGCUCUUGACCAAUGAAUCACCAGCCAAUAAGCACCUCUAGCCCAUGAAAACAUGUGGCAAAUAGAAGUAUAUCAAGCAAUAAUCUGCUGCCUGUUAAGAACUCUAUAAGAUGGGACCAAUUCCUACCUCACAGAGCUGUUGUGAGGAUGAGGAUGAACAACCUAUGAAAGGUGCCUAGGGCAGUGCCAGCUCACUAGGAGCAUUCAAUAAAUGUUUUUUGCAUAUGAACCAAAAAAUAACUUGUAAUCAAUAAAAACUUGCACCCAACAUGAAUUUCCAGCCAUUGAGAAUCCAGGCCAAAGAUUUAUUUGUUGUAGUUGUUUUCCUCUGUAUUAUUUUUUUAAUUGAAAAAGUAAUCCAAAUAGAUGUAAA